UGAAGAUUUGAAGAGGGAAGUUUUAAAAUCAACAGAUGAAGGGCUUAUAACCGAAACAUUGACCCUCCUGCUCCUCGGAUGCUGCCUGACUCCCCUGUGAUUUUCCAGUGCCACAUUUUUUGACUGACUCUCCAGCAUCUCCGGUCCUCACUUUGAUGUCAAUGUCUAACAGUCACUCAGUCCACUGGGGCCAGCAAAGAUUUUCGCCGUGAUUUCUGAGAGAGGAAUCAGAGCUUUUUGGUUCCUGUCUGAGUAUGUUUUCAGCAUCAGUGGGACUGGACGAGAGACCCCACUGUUGGAGCGCACUGUGUGUGGAGCCUGAAACAGUUAUACGGCCUGGGAAGGGGAUUUCACGGCAGGGAGGGGCUCUACACGUGUUUGUGUGCAGCUGAAGCUUUGGCCAUGGAGAAACCUGAGGAAUCCCGCCCUGUGGAGAAACCGUGGAAGUGUGGGGACUGUGGGAAAGGCUUCCGUUUCCCAUCUGCCCUGUGUGGGAAGGCCUUUACCCAGACCUCCUCCCUGAUGAGGCACCAGCAGAUCCACACGGGGGAGAGGCCCUUCAGCUGCCCCAAGUGCGGGAAGGCCUUCAGCAAUUCCUCCGCCCUGCUGACCCACCAGCGGGUCCACACGGGGGAGAGGCCGUUCACCUGCUCUCAGUGCGGGAAGGGUUUCACCCGCCCCUACCACCUGCGGAGACACCAGCGGAUCCACACCGGGGAGAGGCCGUACAUCUGCUCUCAGUGCGGGAAGGGCUUCACCCGCUCCUCCCACCUGCGGAGCCACCAACGAGUUCACGUGCCAUCGCAGGGGGAUUGAAGGAGAGACGGCCGAGUCCCAUUAUCGAUUGGAAUAUCAACCCGGUUCCGGGGACUCCCGGGUUUGAAUCCCGCCACGACAGAUGGCAGAAUUGGUAUUUGGUCAGAAAUGUAGAAUUCGGAAUCUAACGAUGAGACCAUUUCAGGGAGGGGGUGGUAGAGGGAGAAAGCCCCCAUCUCUCCCUUGUUAGGGAAGGGAACCGCCACUGUGGGAAAGGAUACACUCAAGUCGUUCCAGCUGCAUCCUUUACCCGGUCUGGCCUACACGUGACUCCAGACCCACAGCAGUAUGGUUGAAUCUACACUGCCCCUUCCUGGUAAAGGAGCGGGGAGAAACUUAUUUGGAGACAGGGUAUGGGUUGAAAUUGCUGAGUGAGGCAAUACUUCCUCCGGGUUACAGCUGAACCAAGGAUCCAAAUACAAAGGGACAGCUUGGUGCUGACCAAUAGUAAAGACA